AUGGGAACAAAAAGGAAGAUGUCUUCAAUGGCCACCCUUCUAAUAUCUCUUGCGGUAGUUAUUGUUUCUUUAUGUUUGCCCUCAUUGACCACCGCAGCCUACCCUUACUCAUCGCCACCACCUCCUCCACCAAAGAAAUCACCACCACCACCACAUAAGCAUCAUUAUGUUUACAAAUCACCACCACCACCACCACCGGUCUAUAAGUCACCACCACCACCGGUGUAUAAAUCACCACCACCACCUGUUAACAAGUCACCGCCACCUCCUACUCCGGUUUAUAAGUCUCCACCACCUCCAAAGAAACCAUAUGUAUACAAGUCACCACCACCACCACCUCCGGUUUACAAGUCUCCAACACCACCGGUUUACAAGUCACCACCACCCCCUGUUUAUAAGUCACCACCGCCACCGGUACACAAAUCACCGCCGCCACCUGUUUACAAGUCACCACCACCACCUGUUCACAAAUCACCACCGCCACCUGUUUACAAGUCACCACCUCCACCACAUUACGUCUACAAGUCACCACCACCACCGGUCUACAAGUCACCACCACCACCUGUGCAUAAAUCACCGCCACCAUCGGUCUACAAGUCACCACCACCACCGGUGCACAAAUCACCACCACCACCUGUUUACAAGUCACCACCACCACCUCAUUACGUCUACAAGUCACCACCACCACCGGUCUACAAGUCACCACCACCACCGAUGCAUAAGUCACCGCCACCACCGGUCUACAAGUCACCACCACCACCAGUGCACAAAUCACCACCUCCGCCUCAUUAUGUUCACAAGUCAUCACCACCACCACCAGUGUAUAAGUCACCACCACCACCAGUUCACAAGUCACCACCUCCACCCGUUUACAAGUCACCACCACAUCCACUUAACAAGUCUCCACCACCACCGAAGAAACACUACAUAUAUAAGUCACCACCACCACCUCCUCCAGUUUAUAAGUCUCCACCCCCGCCGCCACCAAAGAAACCAUACGUAUACAAAUCUCCACCACCACCAACCCAUGUACACAAAUCUCCACCACCACCAACCCCUAUAUACAAAUCCCCACCACCUCCUCCAACCCCGGUGAAAAAGUACCCACCCCCACAUUAUAUCUACAGUUCACCACCUCCUCCUCACCAUUAA